AUGUUAAUUCCAAUCAGAGAGGUCACUAAAAGAGCUCCUGGUGACGAAGUUGGCAAAUUUACUCAAUGUACGGGCACCUAUCCCAUCACGUUUACUGAAGUAAGCUACACUCCAGCAAUAUGGGAACCUGACGAGCCAUGUCCAGUUCAACCAGGUCACUUUGACAAAACACAUGAAUGGAAAGUGGAAGAAAGCCCAUUUCAACCUAAGGACAUGACUGUUGAUUAUUUUGUAAAUUCUACUGUUGUCAGUAAGGAUCAAACUGUUUUAGCGUGUUUAGAAGGCACAGUCUCAAUAAAAUACCCUUAA